CGGCCCUACAAGUGUCCGCUGUGCGAGAAGUCGUUCAACCGGCUCGAGCACCAGACCCGCCACAUCCGAACACACACGGGCGAAAAGCCCCACCAGUGCAACUUCCCCGGGUGCUUCAAGCGCUUCUCCCGCUCGGACGAGUUGACCCGGCACUCGAGGAUCCAC